AUGCAAGCACCGGUGUCUGAGGCCUCAGGCAAGUCCCUCUUUGAGGUGGCGUUGCGACAGGCCGAGACGCCACUCAACCACCUCUUCGAGCGCUUAGCGGCGCCCACCGCACCCUCCUCGGUCGUCUCGCAUUGGGUCCGAGAUUUCAACACCGCGCACGAACCAAGCUCGCGACGGCCUCGGGCAGUAGUUCGACGGGGGCUCAGCCCGAUCGACCACUUCUACGGCCUGGUCUCCUCGCACGUCUACGGCGAUGAGCAGGACGUGGAGAAGGUCAAAGAAGCCCUCUUCGCGCGCCUCUCGUCGGCUCGCACCUACCGACACCCGACGACGGAGAAAAACCUGGUGGCGAUGGACGGGAAGCCAGGCCUCGACGGCGCACAGUGGCGCGAGCACCUGGCCGAGCUCCGGCGUAACCCGGACGCGGUACAUUCUCUCGGUCUGGUCGUGGUCGCUGCGAUGGAGGUGUUCCAGUUGGGGCCCAACGUGCUCAAGCUGGACACUCCAAUGAGCAAAGCUCUCAACACAACAGCCGAACUGAUCGACAAGCUGAUUUUGGGGUCGGCCGAGAUCAAGACCAAAAAUUUGGCGACGAAGCCGACAUUGCGCUGCGCCUUCUUUGCCGAGCCGGGCUUCGGCAAAUCCUACCUCCUCAAUUACCUCCUUCUGGGCGAGGAUCCGAUGCACUGCAGCACUCCCAACAUCCAGAAGUCCGCCGCCAGCAGCGGUCAGGGUCCCUGCAUCAAGAUCAAGGACAUGAGCGGGAAGGAGACCGUCAGCUGCGACCUCGCUGAAGCCACUUUCGAAGAACUACCCGACAAGAUCAACGAUGUCCUUUCGUCCGCUGACAACGACGCCGAGUUGCAAAUGGUGGUGGUCGAGUACAACUUUCCGGUCCUCCGCGAUCUUAGCGUGGAGCUGUUGGAUCUUCCUGGCUACCCCGACGAGAAGGUCCCUCGCUUGGCCAAGACGAUCAGCUCGGCGCUGGUGGGGACGCAGGAACCCGACACCGUACACCGCCUCCACCAAUGCGGGGCCUUUCGCCUGGAUCCGCUCCCUCGCAUCGUCUUCAUAGGCAACCUCAAGGACGACCGCCCGGACAAGCUCCCGCAGGAGCUUCCGCCCGCCAGAAUCGCCGAAGUCAGGGAUACGUUCGAGAAGACGAUCGCGUACUUCCGCAGCAACUCGGCCCUGCACGACCUGCGCGAGCUGUUUUCCGCAUCGUUCAACCUGAACCCCGACAUCACUUCGCAGUUCGUUUCGACCGAUCGUCUACCACCACCCUCGACCUCCGGAGAGAGCGCGCCCUCCGUACGCCCGCGCAUAUCGAUCCCCAAUGCGGUUGGGGUCUUCGUCCAGAUCGUGACCGAGGCCCGGUGCCUCCUGUUCCGGACCAAGGAGGACAUUCGCGAACAAUACGGCUACGACUCCAAGCAGAAGUUGCAGCUGCUGCUCGACGAGUCCCGUAGCUCAAGCAACUGGUGGAUCGGCUGGCCGGAAACGAUCAAGGUGGCCAGGCCGUCGAGCAAGCUGGCCAAGGUGCUGCGGGAGCUCAAGCUGGAGCUCAAGCAUCUCUGGGGCAAAGGGGCCAGCGUCCCCUUGGACACGCCAACCCUUGAGCGAUUUCUCAACGAGUUCGACCUUUUCGAUGACUCCUACCUGCCGGCCUCUGCCAUAUGGAGCAACCACAUGUGCACGAUUCAGUCUUGCGAGAAGGACCUUCGCGCACUUGUGGCGUGCGACAAGAAGGUGAGCGUGCGGAGAGACAAGCCCCUCGACAGCCCGUUCCCCGAACCGAAGCUGUACGGUGUCGACGGCCAGAUGUACAGCUUUCCUCCUCGAGGCCGAAUCCCGACGACGGGCAAGAAGACUAAGAGGAAGGCCGAGUAUGGCGUCUUCUCCGAGCCGCCGGAGAACCUGCAGGCCUGCAUCGACCGCAACUACGCCCGGAUGCAGGAGGAGUUCGUGACUCGUGGGAAGAACGUACUCGACCCCCUGCUCAGCGAGGGGAAACAGAGGAGCGACCUGGCCAACGCCGUCAGGCUCGUCUCCGCCGAGACGAACCAAGUCACCAUCAGCUUGGACCGGACCCUGAAGAUCAUUACGGUCGAGCAGCCGGCCUGGCUCCGUGACGCACUAGGCAGAGUGAUCCAAAGGGCGGCGCUUAGCAAGGACGGGCAACGUGGUCUCUACCCCAUCUUUAUCUCCUCCGAGGACCGCGCCACACCGCUCCGCGAAGAAAGUUCGCACUGGCGGCCCAAUCUGCUUGCCGACAAGCUCAAGCUCCAUCCGCUGCUCUCCUACAUCAUCUUCUGCGCGGUGCCCAGUAGAGAACUUCCGCGCUACCAAAGCUGGUUUCCGGCCGACGCCAAUCCGGGGCUGAUCUUCAUAUCGCUGCCCGACAGCGAACUUGGCAUCGGACGCAUUCGUACCUUGUUCCUGCUCCUUGCAGAGCAAUGGCGCCUCUCCAGGUUCUUCAUGGUGGACGACGACAUCAGCGAAUUCCACGAGUACGAUCCGGCCAUCUACAUCCGUGGUUCGAUACAGCAUACGAGCAGCACAGCCCGCGCUCUGCUCUUCCUUCAGCUGACGAUGGACGCCGAACUCUUCCCUUCCGACACGGAGUCGGUGCGCCAGCGCUCCGAGGCGCUCUUAGGCAUCAAGGCUGCCUACAACCGCAUCAUCUACCAGAAUGAAGAGCUAGACGCGGACGAUCAAGCCAGGCUGGUAGACCAGAUCGCGGUCUCCCGACUACUAGAGCAGGUCGCCCGCGACCCGACCUGCCUGAUCCGCGAGCUGGAGGAGCGCAACCUCGGUCGGGCGGCCCAGAUGGUCCAGCAGAUCACCAAAGCCAAGUCGCAGCACGUGGGCCAGGUGGCCCUGUGGAACAGUCUCACCUGCGCGAAAGGCUACCACGACCGUCUGUCCGGAUUCCACAAGUCCACGCACAUGAUCUCGCCCAUCCGAUACCAGGUGGUGCUGUACAACUUGGAGGCAGUCGCUGGAUUCCACCCCGUCACCGACGACGCCUUCUGGGAGGAGCCCCUUUCGCCGCACGCGCGCCAUGAACUGAUGAGGAAGGUGAGCAGGUCAGCCAAGCAGCCCUACAACGCCGAAGAGCUGAAGCUCAUGCGCUUGGGCUACAAGCAUUCCGAUGCUGCCUAUAUCAAGUACCUGCUGCUCAACAACAUCAGCGGCUACAUGGUGUACUGGUUCUCCUUCCAUCACCGUGUUGACAAGGCCACCCGCUCGCUGGUCAACGCCGAGGACACCGAGACCGACGGCACGCGGAUCACGAAGGGUAAGAAAGAGAAGAAGGCGGUAACGAAGCCCAAGACGAAGGGCAAAUUGCAAGCGAACGAGAAGGAGCAACCAAUUGCAGGGAAAGGCAAGAAGGGGAAGACGACGACGACGACGAAGGAGACGAAGAAGCAAGCCGGCUCCGUCAAUUCCGCCACACCCCUCCGCAGCGCCAAGCCGAAGAAGACGAAGGCCAAGGCCACAUUGACCAAGACAAAAGCGAGCCAGCAGACGAAGUCAAAGAACGAAGACGAAGCCGAGAACGAAGACUUCGAAGAGGAACAGCCGGUCAACAAGCCAAGCGGCGAAAAGAAGAGGAAGAGGGAGAUCGAGCUCACCCAAGAAGGUCCCUCGGAGAGAAAGCGCGACCACGAAGGUCGGCCCAAAGCAACCAAGCGAGUUGUCCAGCACGCUCGGAAGAGACCCAAACCUCCCAUAGCCUUUUGCAACGAGCAGCCGUUUACUAGAGAAAGACAGCCGGUAGAAGAAACGGAAGAUGAGCAGAGGCCCUGA